AUAUCUUUUAAAUCUUUUUCCUUCAUGCAUCUCAUUCAUGGAGCCACAAAUUCAUAGCUUAAACACAAUCAAGUGGAUAAUUAACACGCCUUAAUUGUCUUUCUGCCGACCUAGCUAGAAAAGAAAACCAGCAUUUAUUACAGUAUACUACAGUACUUUCUUUUGCAAAGUAGUAACACCGUAGACUGUACGUAUACACAGUAUCACACAGCGUAGCACGCACGAUGAUCACACAGUAGAGUACUGUAGAGGAAGUAGUAAUAUAUAAAGAGGGUGAAAACCGAAGAGAUUCAAAAAGUCCUCAAAGAAAUGAAAAGUGGAACUCUCACAGCAAACUACCACAAAAAAAAGUAGCAGAAGAAACACCACCAUAGACCCCUAGUAGGCGGAGCUGUAGAAAAAAAAAAAAAAAAAACUAGCUUUGGAAGAGUCGUGGGAGAAGAAGCAAUAAUAAUUGUGUUAUUUUUUUUUGUUUAACAAAAAAGAAAAAGAUUAAAAAAAAAAUAGUAAAAAAUAAAAAUGGAGUACGAGGACCACUUCUCUCGUUCUUCACAAGAAAUGGAACUUCAUCAUCAUCAUCAUCAAUUCCAUCAUCCCCACUCCCACUUGGUUUCUCCUCCUCCUCCUCCUCCUCCUCCUUCUUCUUCCGACCACCAUAACCCCCAUCAACAUCUCCGUUCUUCUAUUCACUCCCCCCCGGAUACACCUACCUCCGCCGCCGGCAACCACCCAUCUCCUCCUCCUUGGCUUCUCAACAGCUUGAUUCUCGGGGGAAACGGCCACCACCACCACCACCAGCCUGACGACGUGGCUGCCACCAGUAAUUUCCUCCACCAGCUUCAGGCCUCCAACGAGGGCCCCGUUUCUCUCGACCCAUCUCCACCGCAUACUUCUUCUUCCAUGAAUAUGCAUAAGAGGUUUAAAGAUGGGAGUACUAAUAGCGGCGGCGGAGGAGAUCAUAACAGUAACGGCGAGGCGUCGGCGGUGGCUGCUGCGGCGGCGGCGGCGGAGGUUUUGAACGAUGAGUGGGAGAGGGAUAGGUGUAAAGCAGAGAUUUUGAACCAUCCCCUGUAUGAUCAGCUCUUGGCGGCACAUGUUUAUUGCCUGAGGAUCGCUACUCCGGUGGACCAGCUCCCCAGGAUUGAUGCUCAGCUGGCUCAGUCUCAGCACGUCGUCGCUAAGUACUCCUCCGUUCUCCGGGGACAUGAUCCUCAGCUUCAAGCUCUUGAUGAUAAAGACCUUGAUCAUUUCAUGACGCACUAUGUUCUGUUACUCUCUACCUUCAAAGAACAACUGCAGCAGCAUGUACGUGUACAUGCAAUGGAAGCUGUCAUGGCAUGUUGGGAGCUUGAGCAGUCAUUGCAAAGUUUAACUGGUGUGGCACCAACUGAAGGUAGUGGGGCUACCAUGUCGGAUGAUGAUGAAGAUCAGGCAGAUAGUGAUACUAAUUUGUUUGAUGGGAGUUUAGACGGCCAUGACACUAUGGGAUUUGGGCCCCUGACGCCUACUGAAAGUGAAAGGUCGCUGAUGGAGCGAGUGAGACAGGAACUCAAACACGAGCUCAAACAGGGCUACAAGGAGAAGAUUGUUGACAUAAGAGAAGAAAUUUUGCGCAAAAGGAGAGCAGGAAAACUUCCUGGUGACACUACGUCCCUCUUGAAAGCUUGGUGGCAGUCCCAUUCCAAAUGGCCUUAUCCUACAGUAUGUGUUUUCAAUCCUUUCACUACCUCUAUUUUGAAGUUUGAAAAAACACUGGUUUCCUGAUAGAAGUAAUGUGAAUUCAGGAGGAAGACAAGGCAAGACUAGUGCAGGAAACUGGGUUACAACUAAAGCAGAUAAACAAUUGGUUCAUCAAUCAAAGGAAAAGGAAUUGGCACAGCAAUCCAUCUUCAUCCUCUUCCCAAAAGAGCAAACGCAAGAGGUAUAUAUACGCUGAUUAAUAUUACCUUCGUUGUCACACAAUUUCAUUUGUACAAGGGCUUCAUGUGAUUGAGUUUUGUAUCUGGAAUCAAGUAGUGCAGGUGAAAAAUCAAACAAUGAACAAUUCAUGUGAUGCUAAGAGAUUCAAACUGAAAUGAAGAAACAAAUGUAGAAUGAGCCCCCGUUCGUAAGGGAGAUCAUCAGGGCUAAUUUUUGAAUCAGAAACUCAGAAAUGGGCAGAAUCAGAAACAGUUAUUUGGGCAGGAUAAUCAUGACGGACGCGUUUUGGUGGUAGACCCGAGUACUGAAUGUGUCAAUGUAUAGAAUUAGACUUCCAAGGGGAUGGCAUUAUGCUUUGCUUUUUUGUAGCUCAUGGAAACUUUUUCUCAAGGUUAUGUAGGCCAAGAUCACGUUUUUAGUUUAAUCUAAAGUUAGGAUUGAAUCAGUUUUGUCAUUCUGCUGCUACUUUUGGUAUAUUUAAAUCUCUCUGUGAAUAUACGCAGCUAGCUAGAUGGUAUGUAAUCAUUGGGAGUCGCUUUGUUUUACGCCCAAUUUCACUUCUUAGAUAAUAUGCACAGCAAACAGUGCUUAUCAGUUGGUGGCAGAACAGCAGAAAGUUCGAAUUUCACCAUUAACAAAACUGAUAUUCCCAUUAACAAAGAUGCUAUAUUCCAUUUCCCC